UUGAAGCAGACAAAACGACGAGAGCAAAAACCCCUCUCUGUAGUAAACCCUAAAGUCUAUUCGUGCUUUCCGAUGACGAGCCUUCGAUGCCUUCGCGAGCUAAGCCGCCGGGCCACGACGGUUCUCUCCGUCAAUCAUACGCGCUCGAUCUCUUCAUUUCCGGGUUUAGAGCUUUCCAGGACCAGCAUUACUAAUAGGAUCGUGAUUCCGAAUCGAUCUCUUACUAGGGAUUUGCCAUGGUACAGUCUUUCGUAUCGCUCUCAAGGUUGCCGUUUCUCUUCGAACACAAACGAUAGUGAUGAAGGUGAAGACAGCAGCGAAGGAGAUGAUGAUGAGGAGGACUACGAGGAUUCGGCGGAAAUGGAAGUAGAAAGGGAAUAUUCACCGGCGGAGAAAGUGGAGGCGGCGGCGGAGAUAGGGUAUAAGGUGAUGGGUCCUCUCCAACCUUCGGAGCGACUCUUCAAACCCUAUGAACCAGUGUUUGCCGUUGUUCAGAUUGGUUCGCAUCAGUUCAAAGUAAGCAACGGGGACUCCAUUUUCACAGAGAAAUUGAAAUUCUGUGACAUAAACGAUAAGUUGAUACUGACCAAGGUUCUUCUAUUGGGCUCGGCAAGCCAGACGAUUAUUGGUAGGCCUAUCCUGCCUGAUGCGACUGUUCAUGCUGUAGUUGAAGAGCAUGCAUUGGAUGAAAAAGUGCUCAUCUUCAAAAAGAAACGUAGAAAGAAUUAUAGAAGAACAAGAGGACAUCGACAGGAAUUAACAAAGUUGAGAAUAACCGAUAUACAAGGAAUUGAGAAACCAGAACCAAAGAUUAUCCAUAGGCCUUCCAAGGCUGGGCAAACAGAGCAACCAAAGUCUGAGCUAGUUGCUUAGUGAGAAGAUUAGUUUUUUUUUGUUGUUAAAAACUAGUCGCUGAAAGGACGAGAAGGCCUUCUUGAUAGUUAGUGGUAAUUUUCUAGGCUCCUAAGAUAUGAACAUGAUUGCCUUUAGCUAUCUCGUUUCUCACCACUGUUUGAUUUUGCUUUUUACUUGUAAUGGAAUUGGCUCAGGCUUCUGGAUAUUUUUUGGUUUUGUAUCAGAAUUCACAAAUAAAGAUUUGCGGAAACAGUGGUUGCACUAUGCUUUUG